AUGAUGUUGCCAAGAUCCAUGAGGUGUAUCACUGGAAAGAGAAUUUUCCACACUGCCACAGUGAGAGCUUUUCAGUCUACCGCUAAGAAGAGUUUAACUAUCCCAUUUCUGCCCGUUUUGCCCCAGAAACCUGGUGGUGUUAAAGGCACCCCUAAUGAUGCUUAUGUCCCUCCCCCUCAGAAUAAAUUAGAGGGCUCGUACCACUGGUAUAUGGAAAAAAUAUUUGCCUUGUCCGUCGUUCCAUUAGCUACGACAGCAAUGCUAACAACCGGCCCUUUAUCUACUGCAGCUGAUUCUUUUUUCUCUGUUAUGCUCUUAGGAUAUUGUUACAUGGAAUUUAACUCUUGUAUCACUGAUUAUAUUUCCGAGAGGGUCUACGGUGUUUGGCACAAAUACGCUAUGUAUAUGUUGGGACUUGGUUCUGCCGUCUCCCUCUUCGGGAUUUACAAGUUGGAAACAGAGAAUGAUGGUGUUGUUGGCCUAGUAAAAUGUUUGUGGGACUCUCCCAAGAGGGAAGGCAGCGAAAAGAUUGAGAUCAAGAAAUAG